CGCCAGUGGAUUUAACUUCUGUUUUCCGUUGAGCUGACGGCGAGAGUGAGUGUGGGGUGUGAAUAAGGCAGCAUGAACUUUACCCCAAUGCAUACUCCUGUCUGCAGAAAUGAUCCCAGCAGGUGGAGGAGCAUGGCAGACUCGCCGGAUUCAGUUCCCUUGCCUUCCGUUAAAGAUCGUCUGGCUGUCCUGUGUCCUUCUCAGGAGCUUCUGGAAUACUAUCAGAAGAAGAUGACUGACUGUGAGGCAGAAAAUGAGGACCUGUUGAGGAAACUGGCCCUCUACAAAGAAGCUUGUGAAGGACAGCACAAACUUGAAUGGGAUUUGCAGCAGAGAGAAGAGGAGAUUGCUGAAUUGCAGAAAGCUCUGAGUGAUAUGCAGAUCUGCCUCUUCCAGGAACGGGAACAUGUUUUACGCCUCUACUCAGAAAAUGAUCGACUGAGAAUCAGGGAACUGGAGGACAAGAAAAAGAUUCAGAAUCUAUUGGCUCUUGUGGGAACCGACACCGGAGAAGUGACCUAUUUUUAUAAGGAGCCUCCCCACAAAGUCAUCAUUCCCCAGAAGGCUAUCCAAACUAUGGGUAUAUAUGAACAGAAUGAGCCUUCAGCUUCCAAAGCAGAUCCUAAAGCGAGCAAAAAAAGACUAGCAACAAGAGAAAAGGAAGACAGUUCUGAACGUUACCAAAGAGACAUACAAACACUUGUCCUACAGGUGGAAGCACUGCAGGCACAGCUGGAAGAGCAAACCAAGCUUUCUAGAGAACAAGUUGAAGGGCUCAUGGAGGACAGACGGAUUCGCAUUGAGGAAAUACAAGUUCAGCACCAGAGAAAUCAGAAAAGAAUCAAAGAGCUAACCCAAAAUCUCCAUCAUACUCAAGAACUGCUCUACGAGAGCACCAAAGAUUUUUUACAACUACGAUUUGAAAACCAAAAUAAAGAAAAGUCAUGGAUGCUUGAAAAAGAUCAUUUGAUGUCAAAGAUUAAACAGUAUAGGGUACAGUGUAAGAAGAAAGAAGAUAAAAUUGGGAAAGUUAUGCCAGUUUUACAUGAAAAUCAUCAUACCCAAAAUGAAUAUAUUAAGUCCCUAAAGGAUAAGUUACUACAAGAGAAAAAGCUGUCCACCAUGUACCAACAGCAGUGCAUUUCCCUAGAAGAAGACCUUGCACAAAUUCGAGAGGAGGAAGGAGUAAGGAGAGAAAUCUUCCAGGAUCGCUCUAACAAGAUGGCGAAGCGUUUACAGUUAAUGACAAAACGCUAUGAGGCCUUGGAGCAUCGACGCAUCCUAGAAGUAGAGGGCUUCAAGACAGAUAUUAAGGUUCUUCGACAGAAGCUGAAAGAGUUGGAGCAAAUGCUUUAUAAGGCAACAGUUAACACCCAGACAAACCAGGACCUUGCCAUUCUGAGUGAGGUUCGUGACAGCAAUAGACGAGCACACAUGAUACAAGAAGAACUCAAGAGCCUCAAGUCCAAAGUGUUUGGGCUGGAGAAUGAGCUGAGGUUGUGCUGACGCCGACUGUUGGAAGAGGUCUGCAUCUGGAACCCGGGUGAAGGUCAGCUGCUCCCAGAAAGCCAGCAACAGUUGCCCAUUUUUAUAAAGAUGAGCCUAAGAACGUGGUGCCUCUUGUUGUAAUCCCAGUACUUGAGAGGCUGAGGCAAUAGGAUUGCCACAAGUUUGAGAACAGCCUGAGCUACAUAGUGAGUUCCAGGGCUGCAGAGUAAGACAGUGUCUCAACACCAACAUACCAACUUUACUUAUAACUUUCACUGUCCUCUUAACCUUAUCGGGAUAUCUGAAUUACAGUGUGAACUAUACUGAGACUUCCCUACCUUGUUUCUUUUGUAUUGUUUUGAGGUAGGGUCUCACUGUAGCUCAGGUUGACCUGGAAUUCACUAUGUAGUCUCAGGGUGGCCUCAAACUCACAGUGAUCCUCCUACCUCUG